AUGGUGCUGGAGAAUCUCCCACACCCUGUUAAUACCGGAAUCGCGCCAGUUACACAAUCCAAGACUUCGCGGCCCACUGUGGUUCGGAAGAACCGUCAAGAUUCUUCAUGUUUACUGAUCCGCGUGGCCUUUGUCGGUAAUUCUUCGACUACUUGGGUUUCUCUACCCCUUCUCUCUCUGUCGCUGGUUGUUGCCUUUGAUGCUGAUUCUGAUGCGACAGUCGUGCAUCGAGGACGCGCUGCGAUGGUCAAGAACCAUGCUCCAACCAAGAAGAAGAAAUGCUCGUACCUGCCUAGUAGAAGAGGCGGUCCAAGGAAGAAGAAAAAGAGCUCGUCUCCUUCCGAUUCAGGAACCCGGCAGGAUGAUUUACAAAACUCUAGCCUCACGCCAGCCUCUGGCCUUGAUGACUCCUCGGCGAUGUUUGGGCAGAUUGAUGUACUCUCCUUGCCAGGAGCUGGGCUGAGGUCGUUAGAUUUCUCAUCGGAUGGUCAGAUGGGGCCGACACCUUCGCCUUCAAACAUACCAUCGCAGCCUCUGGUCAGGACGUAUGGCAGCGAACACGAUAUAUUGAAUGCAUACUACGACUUCAUUCACCAUUAUUUUCCCAUACUUCCACCACGAGUCGCUCCGCGCUGUCCAGAUAGGCCAAUCAAUUCCGCCGGUCACUAUUCGUCGUCUCCUUCUGGAGAGCCUUUACUAGCAUACAAACCACAAUCUCCCCUCAGUCUUGCAAUCUCCGCUAUAUUGGCCCUGGUGCCGCAUCCCGACGAUCCUGAGCCGUUAUCUCCGGUUGCUGUGCUACGGCGUAGAACUUAUGCUCAUACAUUUGCGCAACUAGCUAAUGCUGGUGUUGAGGAAGAUUGCGAAUUACAAGCUUCUUCGACAGAACCGUCCCAAGCAUUAUCGAACAGUCGACCCAGGAUCAACCGGGAGCCCUUUCAUCCACGGACACCUGUGGAACUCGAAAGUCUUCUUGCAUUGCUGAUCCUUUGCGUGUAUGAAUAUACACAGCGAGGAAAUCUGCUCAAAAUGAGGUAUCGGGCCGGCCAAGCCUUGGCGAUUGCGCUGGACAUGUCUCUUCAGUCGCUCGGAGAGGAGCAUGAUGAGUGCGCAGAGGCUCGGCGGAGGGCCUGGUGGAUGACGUACUAUUGCGUGCUUCAGGGUUCGAUUGUCAGCACAACGCCGCUCUCCAUAAUCGCCAGCGACCCUCAAUUCGUUACACCAUAUCCUCGUUUCUCUGCAGAUCCAGAGGGAUGGGCUGUUUUGAUGCAAGCCCAGCAAGUGCUGGCCUCCGCAACUCAAUUCGUCAUCGACUUGAAGAAAUGCAUGUCGACCGGCGCCAACAUGACUUACAUAUAUGAAAGAAUGCAGCAGCUCGACGCCUGGGCUAGCUCCGCAAUAGCACAAUCAAAUCUCCUUCCAAUGGUCCCUCAAUCUAUGGGCUGCGGUGACGAAGUGGAGUAUACAACCGCCCAUAGCAUACGCGCUAUCGCGCGAAUCAAGCUUUCUAGUGCACAAAUUAAGGUACACCGGUUCAGGGCGUUCUCGGAUAUUCCACUCUUCAUCAAGAAGCAUUGCGACCUGACCGCAGCUAAUCCAAACAACAUGAUUACGGGCGAUUCGGCGUCCAAGGCGUCCAAAGAACAGGACAGUAUGGCGAACAUCUCGUGUUGCUGCAGCAAUUUGGACUCCUUCCGGCCGCCGCCGUCUACAUCGAGCGAUUGCACAGCUUCCGCCUCUUCUUCUGGCUCUGCCACCUCCGAUUAUCACUCCAUGGUACCAUUCUCAUUUACCAGCGGCUUCCCAUACAGUAGCCAGCACUCCGCCAAAGUCUGCUUGAAAGCGUCUCUUACGAUCUCACGCAUGUUCCCGAGCCUACCCCUGCCACAGCCGCUCUACGCGUCGAGUGGCAGUAACACGCCCAGCCAGGGUCUGCCCUCAUCCCCACAGAAGCAGUUACCGAGAACAAUGCCAUCGUUCGCAUGCUGUCUGAUGCAAGGAAGCUACGCCUUGUUGAUGAUAUUUUACAAAGCGACAGUGGAGAAACAAAUGUCACCAGAUUACGGGAAUGAAUCCACAAACAGUGCCUCCGAUCGACUGAUCGAGGAGAUUCGUCAAGGCUUGGAGCGUGUCAUUGAAACCGUUAAAAAUUAUGCGAUUGCUUUUGAGGCGUUGGAUGGCAUGAGAGACGAAAUCGAAGGUGCAUACCACACGGCGUUUCCUCCGGUAUAA